AUGGCAUACUCACAAACAUCGGAAUGCUCAGUGAAGCCGAGCAGGUUCUACGAAGACCUGGAAAGCGCAUCGGAAGGCUUUUUCCAAAAAAGCUGCUUCAUACAAAAGAAGAUGGAGGAAAAGGUAAAAAAUGAAAGGAGGAACUCGAGAAAUGUGUACAUGGCAAUAAGGCAAUUGGUAUCUUGCUGUUUCGGAAGUAAGCAAGGGGGAAGCAAAACAAACAUUAGAAUAAUGGUCAAUCUUGAGUUAAAUUUAACUAAGAUUAUGCUAAAACGACAUGUAGGAUAUGACCUGGAUGAGAUGUUUGAUGACGUUAGUACCACAGUGGCCUCGAGCGAGAGCACAGACACAAUGAUAGGAUACAUAAAGAAUGAGAGUUUGUGGGCAAUAGAGCCCUCAAAGAAGUAUAAAACACUAAGCAUGAAUAGCUCGGAAGCAAAGUGGUUACUGCUGUCAUGGGCGUCGAGGAUCAUGAGAGGGGAAAACGUAAAUAAGAACAUGUUGAACUCAAUAAUAAGGGAGUGUAAAGUUAAGUCGGAAGGUGUGGGAAACAUCACGAAGAGUGUAAUAAAGGCGUUCCCAGGACUGAACUUAUCAGAGGACAUAUACGAGAUGGAGUCGAGUGACCUGAACGUGGGACUGGACAACAUGUUUGCAACACUGGACAGCUACGUGCAAGAGGACAAAAGCACCUUUGUGUUCAUGGUACACAGCGAGACACUCUACGCAAUAUACUACACACACCAAGGAUCCAUGGACUAUAUUGUGCUGUUUGAAAUUAAGCUGUUCCAGAAGGGGAAAAUUAAAUACUUUGCAAGGUUCUUGGCGUUUGAAAGCUUCGACAAUGUUAGGGACUACAUGACGUCCACAAGGAACAUCGGAGUAAGAAACAGAUCAAAGUUGUUCUUCUACUUCUUCAAUUUUAAAAAGCUGGCUGUGAGCUGGAACGACGAAGUUCAACAGGGACAACAGGAGGUACCGCACUAA